GACGGGCUCGAGAGUGCAGGCAGUGCUGGUCUGUAAUGUCAGUCUCAUUGAGAACGCGCCUUUAUUGCGCGUGAGAGACGUUUCCAGUGCCGCACACCACACACACGCACACACAGAGACAAGACUGAGGAAGCUCUGGGGAACUCGCGGGAAAAGGGACAUCUUCACCGCGGAAGUUAAGGACAAAUCUCUCGCUUAAAUCCAUCUGAGGGACACCGGGCACGCGGGAGUCGUCUUUCACUUACGAGUAACUUGUGGAAUUUACCGGGCAUUUUUUUCUUCCCCAAAAAAGAGACCUGGCUUUCCUCUCCACCCGUUUUAUUCAUUUAAUUUCAUUUCAUCAGCUUCCCUGAAACAGCUGUCAUCCUUUGAAUCGCAACAUCGCAGCAGUCAGUGCACGGCGCCUGAGGACAGCAGCGUUACCCGCGCACGAGCGAUAGACACUUGCCUCUUUCCGUUGCGGUUUUAUACUCUAUUUAUUAUUUAUAUCUCAGCCUAUUUAUUUGGACUUUUCUGUCUGCGUUGGGGCGUCGCUGGUGAUUCUUGUGGAAUAUGGUGGGGGAAAUGGAAACGAAAGAGAAGCCAAAGCCGAGCCCAGACUAUCUGAUGCAGCUGAUGAACGAUAAGAAACUGAUGAGCAGUCUGCCCAACUUCUGCGGGAUCUUCAACCAUCUCGAGCGGCUUCUGGACGAAGAGAUCAGCAGGGUACGAAAGGACAUGUACAACGACACAUUAAACGGCAGCACGGAGAAGAAAAGCUCGGAGCUCCCAGAUGCCGUCGGCCCCAUUGUGCAGCUCCAAGAGAAACUCUAUGUGCCUGUUAAAGAAUAUCCUGAUUUUAAUUUUGUGGGCCGGAUCCUGGGACCGCGGGGGCUAACGGCUAAACAGCUGGAGGCAGAGACAGGAUGUAAGAUCAUGGUGAGAGGGAAAGGAUCCAUGAGGGACAAAAAGAAGGAGGAGCAGAACAGAGGUAAACCCAACUGGGAGCAUCUAAAUGAAGACCUGCACGUGCUCAUUACAGUGGAGGAUGCACAGAACCGGGCUGAGAUCAAGCUGAAGCGUGCAGUGGAGGAAGUUAACAAACUACUCGUGCCUGCAGCCGAAGGGGAGGACAGUCUGAAGAAGAUGCAGCUAAUGGAACUGGCCAUUCUUAACGGCACCUACAGAGACGCCAAUAUCAAAUCACCUGCCCUUGCGUUCUCUCUUGCAGCCAGCGCCCAGGCGCCCCGGAUCAUCACCGGACCAGCACCCGUCCUGCAACAAUCCUUACGUACGCCCACGCCCUCCGGGCCCACCAUCAUGCCCCUCAUUCGCCAGAUUCAGACCGUCAUGCCCAACGGUUCGGCACACCCGGGAGCCGCCACCCUGGUGCAACCCGGUCCAGAGUCAGGCCUGAUUUACGCUACGCCCUACGAGUACCCAUACACACUGGCCCCCGCCACCUCUAUUCUGGAGUAUCCAAUCGACUCCACCGGUGUGUUAGCAUCCUCAAAGGCCGAAGAGCUGCCCCUCUACCUUGGCUUUCAGACCUGUCACAUUCCCAUCACAGUCCAGCGUGGAGAGCCAACCGGUCGGCCUCCCUUUUAAAGUGGCCCCCUAUUUCCCCGCCCCUCUGACAAGCCCCUCCCUCACACCGCAGACACGCCCACUCACUGUGUCCCCACCUUCCUCGUAUCGGACUGGUUGGACUUCCCAGCCUCUUUAACUCCUUUUUUUUAAGUCAUGGUUGUUGUUGUUGUUUUCUUUUAUUUUUUGUACUAUUUUUGUUUGAUCUGUGAUGUUUCAGUUUUUGUGUGUGUACAUUGAUGAGGGAGACAAAGCACUGAGCCCCAAAACUGCUGCACAAGCCUUUCUGGAUGACCCCCAUUACUCAGUCUGAGCGGGCCGCAUCGGGGUGAGGGGCUUCAUGAGGGGCAACAUGAGGAUGUUGAGGGCACAGUGGGGGUCAGAUGGAGAAGGGACAUGGAUUGAAUGUCAGGCCUUUCGCAGGCAGUUUUAGGACAGUACACAUGGUGGUGUGUUUUGCCUGAAAAGCCUAAAUAUUGUCACUAUAGUGGGUUUAAAAAACAUAUUCUGGUCAUACAUCACCCAAGAGUCAAAAAUGAAAAAAUUAACAUUAUAGAAUAAUUUAUAUACUUUAUAUACUUUUUUUAUUUUCAGGACAAUUAAGCACAUUUCUUCCCUGAAUUUUUAUUAUUGUAGAAAAACGCAUUGUCAUUACUGUCUCUUUGCUAAAUUAUUUUAAUUUGUAAAAAAAAUCAUUGUUCUGCAGCGCUUUCUAAGCAUAAUGGGAUUCUAAUGAUAAUUAGAUGAGAAUAAUGAGAUUUGGAAAAAACUCAAAAGUAAAAUGCCCGUACUGAAAAUUCAGGGGAAAUGUGCCCAUGACACUAAGGCCUCGUGUCCACCAAAGCAUUAAAAUGCGUCUGAAAAUGCCAGGCGCAUGCCAACUGUGGGCUCUCGCCAGCGUUUCUUCAGCUGAGUUCUUUAAUUGCUAUAAUACUUCUCUAAUGUACUCCCCUCCUCCACUGUGAUUGGACGGAUGAGUGAAAAGUGACAUUGACGAGCCGAGCAGUCUUUCCCAAGUUGAACAUUUUUCAACUCUCGCCGCACAAAAACGCCAACGCUGAGUGCAGAUAAAAACCAGCCCUUUCAUUGGAAACAUUUAUAAACAUAUUCCGAAUUUUACAAAAAUCAUCUAAAAAGUAUAGUUAAACAUUUGUGCCAAGGCCAAUGACAGUAUUACACUAACGGUACAUUUACACGGGGCGUAAGCGUUGAUGCUUCCCAUUCACUUUUAAUGGGUGACGUCAUGCGUUGCCAAACUGAAUUGUGGAUCCGUUGGCGGCGCGUCACUGCCAUUCCUCGCGGCAGAAGUUGAACAUUUCCCAACUUUUGAAGCGGCAAUGCGUGCGUCAGCCAACCAGAUCGCCUUAUGCAAAUAACCUAGGCAGAGCCAGCCAAUUACAUUUAUGGAAGACCGGAGUAUGUGUAGCUACCACUGUGAUUGGCUGUUGGCCACACUUCAGACAAGCCUUCCAUCAAGCACUAACACUUGCCCCAUGUGAAUGUACCGUAAAGGUGUCAUAGAAUAUAAAACUGUGUUUAUCUAGGCAUAGAUGAAUAAUAAGAGUUCUGUACAUGGUAAUGACAUAUCGUGAGCUUCAAAUAUGAUUAUUUCCUUCUUAUGUCAACCACUGGAAAACAGGCCAAAUCUCAACAUAACACCGACUGUGAUGUCACAGUCGAGAUGUUACACCCACAACAUUAAAUUACACAUUAAAUUAAUUACAAUGUUGUUACAAAGCUAAAAACAAAGUUGUGGCUGCUGAGUUAGUGCUAUAUGCUAGUAAAUGCUAUAUGCUAACGUCCUGACGUUACAGUUAUGUUUUGCAGAUCCAAACUGAAAAAACACAAACUUAACUCUCAGAAACGUCCAUUAACAAUCUCCAAACAAUUGAUUAUUCCUUAAAUUCUGUAUCUUCAUCUGAUAUAGGCUCAAACAUAAGAUCUGUUUACACGCACACAGAGCUACUGAAAGGAGCUGCUCUAUGAAACAGCCAAUCAGAGCAGAGCUCAACAUUAUUAUUCAUGACCAUUUCAUUCUAAAGGCAAAUCCUAGGGUUGUAAAUUGACAUGUUAAACCAUCUCUGGAUGAUUUUUGCCCUUAAUAAAGCCACAUACCUUCUUUGUAGAUAUCAGAUAACAAUUAACAUAUUGAAUCAAUGCAUUCUUUGGCACCUUUAAGUAUUAAGUACAAAAAACAUCAAGUUCUGGUCAAAGUGGAAGUGAUAUUAAUUCAUAUUAUCAUAGUAUGAUUUAUAAACUUUAUGAGCAGUUGUGCUUAUACUAAUGUUAUCAGUUGUGAUUGCUAUCAAUUCUACUGACUGACUUGACCGUGAUAAGCAUUUGCUUUGAUUAUGAAUCGUUGUCUCUGCGACAUUGUGGCGUAAUUCAACAAAUUCCCCAGCAGAUAAAAUGAUUUGCAAUGUCACACUUCAUUCUAGCCCAAAGUCACUUACAAAAUAUGCAAAACUUAUGCAUUUAUCUUGAGCCAUAUACAGCACAUUCAAUGUAUACAUUUUAUGUUCCCUAGAAAUUACACUCGUGACCAUGGCAAUGUCAUCACCAUGCUCUACCAGCUUAUUUACAAAUAUAACUUACAGAUUUUCUUUUGAGUUUAGGGUCAUAAAU